GACAAUAGAGUGUACAUACGUCUGGAUUUUUAAAGAUUAUUUACCCUUCUCAUUUUGGCUUAUGAAUUUACCUCUGGCACGACAAUAACUCUACUGGAGCCUCUUACCAUCCCCUAUUUGCCUUGAGACACUCCGUACUUUGGGAGCGCAUGUCGAUCCUAGGACUGUGAAGAACAAAUAAAAAGAUAUGCCUGAUAGUUGAGCAGCUACGCCCACGUAUGCGAUCUCUCAAUGUUUCGGCUCAGGCAAUUACUUCCAGUUUCUAAAAUAUUUUUCCGGAUUAGCCCACCGUUAUCUCAGACCUCGAAUACCACUAAUGUGCGCCAUGUAAAGUUCAAACGACCGUGGAUUAGGAAAUUUUUUGCUACAUUUUUCCUUUAUGGUGCUGCAUUUCACUUGUGGAGUUCCUUUAUUCUUCUUCAGUUUGAUGACACGCAAGAUGAUGUCGAUACUGCACAGGAGCCACCUCCUGGGUGUGACCAAGGAAGCGAUGAGGAGAGCGUGGAUAACCGUGCAAACGAAACGGUAGAUUCUGAUACAGUUUUCAUUCCAUUGGGCUUGCCACGGUUACGUAAAGGUGAAUUGUAUGCAGCAUCGGACCCAGAGUGGCAGGAAUUUGUCAAGGUCUCCCGGGAUCGAGAAAAACUCCAACUUCUUAGAGAUGAGUUGGCGUCCAUUGUUCAGAAAGAUGCUUCCCAGUCAAAAAUACUCUCCCGUGUCCUAGGAGGCCCCCUCACUGUGACAGGGUUUUGGCUAGUCCAUCAUUUUCCAUCUCGCGCCCCCCCUGACUAUAGGCGCUCAGGGCUAGAAUUCGCUGAUAGCGGAAUCUCAUGGGUGUCGAAGCCGAUGUCUUUGGAGGAUGGCGACCGUCUUCAGAGAUGCAUACAGCCUCUAUAUGUUGCACUUGCUGUAAAGGAUGCCUAUAUGAUUUUAGUGAAAAAGCAGCUCUCUCGGCUUAACAUUACAGUCUUGGAGCAAGAACGAGCCCCGGAUACUCCAAGCCUACCGUCGCGUAAAGCACUAUCGUCCGACCUUCAAACUUUGGACGGGUUGCACCCCGUGCCUCGUUCUGAAGAACAAGUGACUUCGUCUGCUAGCCAUCGAGAAAGUACUCCGCCAGAGAAAAACGUUGCUCGUCUUCAUCCAUCUAUAAUUAUUUCGACACUGCAAUGUUUGCCUUUACCUAAGCUAGGGCCCGGUUCUGACCUGUACGCCGCAUCACUGGCGUUUAGGAUGCGACUGAACGACUCCUGGACUCGAGAUCGUCAUCGUCCUCAACGUGGUGCCUUCUACUUUGUUGGCCCCGUCGGCCUUAAGGGCCCCAAAGGUUUUUGCAGGGUUGAAGUGAGAGGUGAAUACGAUCCAGCAACAGCCACUUGGUCUUUAGUUUCGAUGCAACUCAAAGAUGUGAGCAUAUUCAAUCAAAAAGCGCUUGGCGGCCCUUAACAUCCGGCCACAUCUUCUUUAUAUUGCACAUGGCGCGCUCUGAUGUACCUAAUAUUAACAAUGCGUAAGAUACGGAGACCUAUACUCCUUGCUUUGAUUAACUGAGAGCCUUCCCCUCCCCACAAUAGCCCCUCGUAACGCGAAGAUUCAAGAUGUCUAAAACGUCGACCGAUACCGUCCUUUGCAAUAACCAUUCACUCUACCCGACAGGAUAUUGUGUACGUAUGCCUAGUAAAUAUUCACCUACUUGGUACUUACAUGGUACUGGCCCUCUGGCCAAGACCGGUACAAUCACGAUCGGAUGACAUAAGCUAUAGGACCCCCUCACUCUGUAUUGAGAUGAAAGCCCAGGCGAGUAAGUACUACUACU